AUGUCCUAUGCGUACCUGUUUAAGUAUAUAAUUAUAGGAGACACUGGCGUUGGAAAAUCAUGCCUUCUCUUACAGUUUACUGACAAGCGCUUCCAGCCGGCGCACGACCUGACGAUAGGCGUUGAAUUCGGCGCCCGCAUGGUCACCAUCGAUGGCAAACAGAUCAAACUUCAAAUAUGGGACACAGCUGGCCAGGAAUCGUUCAGGUCUAUAACGAGAUCCUACUAUCGCGGAGCUGCUGGUGCACUGCUUGUUUAUGACAUUACUAGGCGUGACACUUUCAACCACUUGACGUCAUGGCUUGAAGAUGCUCGUCAGCAUUCAAAUUCGAAUAUGGUUAUUAUGCUUAUUGGAAACAAAAGUGAUCUGGAAGCGAAACGCGAAGUGAAAAAGGAUGAAGGAGAGGCAUUUGCGCGAGAACAUGGACUGAUUUUCAUGGAGACUUCAGCAAAGACUGCUGCAAAUGUCGAGGAAGCUUUUAUUGACACCGCGAAAGAAAUCUACCGAAAAAUUCAAGAAGGCGUGUUCGACAUAAACAACGAGGCAAAUGGCAUUAAGUUGGGGCCGCAACAUUCGCCCGGCAGUCCAUAUGCACCAGGCGGCCCACUUGGAGGUGGAAAUCGUUCUUCCAAUUGUUGCUGA